GCGACGCAAGGUCUGAAAAAAUGUGCAAAAAUAAUUGCUUUGCUCGUCGUGUUUAGUCUAUAAAGAGUUAUGGCGUUUUAUUACCACUAUUUAACGCUAUUAUUUACCCUGCUCCUUAUCUAUGAGGCCACAUCGCUGCUCCAUGACGAUAUAAGCGGCUUCAAAUACAUUGUCUUGGACAAGAAAUCCAACAACGCAGCCUUCUACUCAAGUUUAUUCAAGAAUGGCAAGAUUGAUCAAAACAAGUUGACUUCUCUUUCGACUCGUGGCAAAAGAAGCCUCACAGACUCCCCUAUCUUGUAUUCUAGCAAUAGUUCAAGGAGUGGACUAGCUACAGAGUACGAGUUCCACGGUGAUAACCAUAGCGUAGCUUUUCUACACUGGUCGGGUUCAAGAAGCCAGGUGAUUUUUAUCUUCACGUCAAACUAUCAAAGUAUUCAGCGCAAUCCAGGAGGAAGCGUGCAUGUUGAGAAUGCUUAUUUAUGGAGAUCCACUGAUUAUGGAACAUCAUUUCAACGAGAAGACCAAACUAAGUUCAACAAAGGCAGCAAAAACAUCAAUGGAAUACAUUUUUGUAAAGGAAACAAUAAGAGGGUGGUUGUGUAUGAUAAGAAGGGAAAAUGGGUGUACAUAUCUGAUGACGAAGGAGAUAGCUAUGCAGCAUAUCAAGUCAACUUCACUCCUCAGGAAAUCCUUUGUACAAGAGAUAGUGGCAAGAACUUUUUGGUAGCUUUUGAUGAAACAACAUCUAAGCUUUAUCAUGCAAAAGACGAUGGGAAAAAUUGGCGAUUUAUCUGUAAUGAUGUUGUCCAAUAUUUCUGGGGUACCAACUCUACGACAUUGUUCAUAGAAACACAGCAACCAGGGCAUAAAUACACAUCGGUUUUAAAAUACAUCCAUCUUCCUGGUGACGCAUCGGACGUGAAGGUGUUUGAUGCUUUGCUUGGUGGUUUUGUGACGAGGUCUUUUAAAGUGAAUGGAAAAUACAUGUUUGUCAAGAAAAUGUACCCACAAAUGGCAAUGUAUGUAUCUUACAAUGGAAGUUCCUUCAAGAAAGCAAUGUUUCCCUUUAACUUGGAUGUUAAGGAUUUCAAUGUGGUAGAUGCCAGUGAAGAUGAAGUCUUAUCAUGUAUCCGCCAUGAUGAUUAUUACAAUCUUUAUAUUUCUGAUAAAACUGGAACAAAGUAUUCGCUGUCACUUCGUAGGAUACUUGCAACUUCUUCAUAUCAAUGGGGACGGACACUGAAACUUGCUGAUAUUCACAGAGUCAGAAGUUUGCGUGGUGUUUACAUUGCAAACAUCCGGAGAAAGGACGCCAUUGUUCGUACAUUUAUCACCUUUGAUAAAGGUGGUGAAUGGAAUAGACUUGCCAUUCCUGAUAAUGUUCAAUGUAAAGAGCUUGAAUGUGGUUUAAAUUUGCACAUGGUGCACAGUGAGAGGUAUUAUCAGAUUUCAAGUGUGCUGUCCUCUGAAUCUGCCCUUGGACUUAUCAUGGCUCAAGGUAAUGUAGGAAGAUACUUAAAUGAAGAAACAGAUGUAUAUUUGUCUUCUGAUGGAGGACUUCACUGGAAUAAGAUACUAAAUGGAUCACAUGACUAUGUGUUUGGUGAUCAUGGUGGAUUAAUCGUUGCUGUUGCACUUGGGAACUACACCAAGAAAGUUUGGUACAGUUGUACAGAAGGAAAAUUUUGGAGUACAAUUGAAAUGGAAAAGAAUGUUAGGGCUUAUGGCCUUGUGACAGAACCAGGAGAAACAACUUGGGUUUCAAAUAUCUUUGGACAACAUUUAACCAAGAGUUUUGAGUGGCUUUCAGUCAAGCUCAACUUCUCUUCUGUAUUUGAACGAAAAUGUACAGAUCAGGAUUAUACUCUGUGGACACCGAAUGACGAGAGAAUGAAAGGGCAGUGCCUGUUAGGUGAACACAUGGUGUAUGAACGUCGUAAGGCUGACAUCUGCUGCUACAAUGGCAAACAAUAUGAGCGAGAAAUCAACCAGACGUCUUGUAACUGUAGCUUGGAAGAUUUUACGUGUGAUUUUGGAUUCCAAAAUAAUGACAUAUCUGACUCGUGUGUUCCAAUCAGUGAAGACCUCAUCGUACCUAAAGUGUGUCCUGAGUUUCAGACAUACAUGCGCUCAUCUGGAUAUCGCAAAGUCGCUGGUGACAGAUGCGUUGGAGGAAUUGAAAAGGAUUUUUACCCAGUGAAAACUUUGUGCCCCGUAAAAGUUCCUUCUGGACUCUCUAUUGUACUCAAGCGGACGACUGUGGCAGCUCACAUUCCUAUUACAUUCAAUCUGAAACAAGAACAGGGUUCAACCGGCAGCACGUGGUACUUGUGGGAUUUUGGUGACGGUUCUAAACCCAUCAAUGUGACAGGAAUCACGAAGGCACAGAAACAGAAUCACACAUUCACUGAUCACGGGAGCUUUAACGUGACAGUCACGGCAUCCAACAGUAUGGGCACAACCAGUACUAGGAUUGCUGUCCAAGUCAUAGAUGCGAUCCUCCGUGUUCUCAUAACUCCCCCGCAUGCCGUCCUGAUCGGACAGCCCGCUCCCUUCAACAUAACCUUAUCCUCUCAGCACACUGAACGGAGCUGGGUAGCAGAGCAUGGCUAUGUGCACUUUGUCUGGACAUUCGAACCUAAGCAGAGACCUAACUUAACAUGGGAAAACGAAGUAGAACAUACUUUUACCAAGGCAGGCGUGUACACGGUUAAAGUAGAGGCCAUCAAUGCUAUCAGCAGGCAGUACGGACAAGUUACGAUCCAUGUUUACGACGAUCUUCGAACUUUACGUAUAUCAUUUGACGAUGAGCUUGACAACGAAUACAAGGACUCGCAGAAGUGGAGAGAUGAAUUCAGGAACAUGUUUUUGGCUAAGCUGACAAGCGUUGUUUUUAUUCCCAAAUCUCGGCUAGAGGUGUACGUACUUCCUGGUUUACCGACACAAGUUGACGUGUCCAUCAAACCAAAAGACACUAAUGACAACCACACAAUGGACCAAAUAGUGGACAGAAUCAAGGUAGUGAUCAAACAAAAGCGUCUUGUCAUACAAUUAAGUGAAGGAAAGUCUACUGCGGCUGUUUAUGCUGAGCUCCUCGAUAAUUCAGGCAAGAAGCCUAUUGCUGUUGACGACAAGCAGGGUAACCAGGACACACGUCUGGCCAUUGCUAUAGGACUGGCAGCCGGCUUCAUUGUCAUCUUUCUAGUUGGGAUUAUAUUCUAUGUGUACAGACGAUACAUGUGGAUAUACAGAAGAUACAGUCGCUUGUCGAUGAACGGUAGUAGGCCGGAUGGAUUUAUUCCCCUACACCCAGGUGGACAGGAAAGCGUUGGGUACAAUGCCGAUGAUGAUGUUGUCCGGUAUGCUGUGCCUGAGACAGAGGACAUAAACGACAGCGAAGAUGAACUUCUACUUGACGAUCAUACUGAGCCAGGUCGUCUGUCUUUAGUCAUUAAUGAAGACACUCAGCAAGACAACUCACAGAGUACAGACGCAGCAAGAGCUUAGCGGAAAAACCAAACGAAAUGCGAUGAACCAAUUAUUUCACGCUGUUAACGCACGCAAUUACACUAUGAUCGCACACAAGAGAAUAUAUUUCUUGUCGCACCUGCAUAAAAAACACGUAAUACGUCUAAGUUAUUCCACCAGGAAAGGGCGACGUAUAGACACCACAAAUAUAUUUGCACAUUAUGUCACCAGUCAAGAACUAUUUAACGAAUCUAUUCUGCCUUUAAAACGCUCCCAGAAUGCAUUGUUUUCUGCGUAUGACGUCAUAUUUUUUAUCAACUUUAUUCGUAACCAAAUGAAAAGAAAAAUGAAAGAAAAAACGGACAGAAAGGGCAAAUAAGAGAUAGAAGUGGAAGAAAUAAAAAAUCACCUGAAAUGAAGUGAAGAAAACAGCAUAUCUAGAAAUCAGUUAUAACGAUAUGAUCGUGAAAAUGAUGCAUUUGGGGAUAUUAUAAGUCGUUUAAACUUAAAACUAUAGGCAUAGUGACAUCAAUUCACUACUCUUAUAAAUACCAUAAUUUCUGGAAUAUGCGGGCUUGGCUUUAAAUCCAGGAGUUUCUUGUUUAACUUUGUUAUUCUAAUUUCUGCUUUGGUUUUCAUUUUCAAAUGUGAGGCUAAGUCCACACAUUCUAGAAAUUAUGGUAUCCUUUUCAAGAGCCUAGUGAAUUUGAUUAAUCUACUAACAAAGUAAGAUUAAUUCUGCAUUGUUAUCAAGGUGCACACCAAUUUAUAUCAUAUAACUGAUAUUCAGUGUUAUUUCUCUAACAUCAGUAACUAGUUGAAGUAUAAUUUUAGACUUGAAUCUAGAGUUUGUGUUUGGUCGAGCGAACGACGAUUCUGAUUGGUCGAGCGACCGAUUAUUCUGAUUGGUCGAGCGAACGAUGAUUCUGAUUGGUCGAGCGACCGAUGAUUCUGGAGCGGUGAUUAUAAGGUUUUCUAAAGUUCCAGAUCGGAAGUAAUUCUAAAACGUUUUUUUAUCCUGAAUUUCGACUUUUCUCUGAUAUUCAAGUCUAAAAUUAUACUAAAACAAUUAUUUCCCUCAGGCUCAGUGAUUAUGGUAAUAUUCCACCGAUAAUCACUUCGCCUUGGGCAAAUAAUUGUUAAAUAUAUAAUGUUAGUCUCAACGGAGCCGUUUACGUUCUACUGCUAGGGCCAUGUUUCUUUACCAGGGACACAAACCAAAACGAGAAGUUACAGAUGAACAAAAUCUAACAAACUAUCAGUAGUGUCGUCAUUGACUUACCGUGAGCCUCCGUGGUGCAUGAAAUCUGCUCUCUAUUAUAAGCACUUCUAAUAUCUUUAACUGUUGUUAGAAUAAUAGGACAAGAAAAAGUACUCGCGACAAGAAUAUAGUAGAAAAAAAACCACACUAAACUAAGUCAAAAAUUGAUAUAAAAUCAUGACUUGCUGUGACCUUGCCGCGGUGAAAUCUGAUUAUCAGUAAGAAAACGAAAAUAGUGUAUAUUCGCGACAAAAAUAGUAAAAAAAAAAACACCAGCUAAAACACCUACGCCAAACUAAGUCAAAAAUUGAUAUAUAAUCAUAAUUCGAUGUAAAUUGUUUUGCAAGAAUAAAUAAAAUAAAGAGCAAAAAUAUAACGUACA